AAUUCAACGCAUUCACAACUUGCGUAAUUUCCUAUACCUGUGAGUUUGAAACUACAGGCUAAUAAUUUAUUAAAUUUAAUUGUAAUAAAUGAUAAUCAGCACAUAACAUUUUUUAUGAGCAAAUUUUGAGUUUUUAAGGUUAGCCCGUAUCGGCUGAAAAUUUGAUGGGACUCUGAAAAAAGAUCGAUACGACUUUUAAAAUAUAUAUGGCCCAUAUUUUACCUAAUAUGACCCUGUACAAUACUUAUCCAUAAUGUGAAGAUAUGACUGAAAACUUGAAAAUAGAUCUUUUCUGGUCAUAUCACUUUCUAAUUUGGUGACUUUUAUUAAUAUUAUAUUACAUUUAAAAGCAAUAUAAAAUGGUUUCUAUAUCAUUUGGCAUAAAACAAAUUUGGAAUAAGUAUAACAUUUUUUUUAUAAUUAUGUAUAGCUAUAAGCAAAAAGUCUCGCGACAUGUUUAUGGAACUUGCUGCAAAUGUUGAAAACACAAAACGGAUGCCUGAUAAUAUACAGUCAAACUCAAAUGAUUUAAAACGUUCAUUGAGUAAAGUCGAUAAAAAUACUAAAGAGGAUUCAACUUCAAUUAUAAAAUGUGAUGAAAAAUUGGAAGAAGUUAAAAUUAAAACAUCUGACCUUAGUGAAAAAUUCAAAUUUUUUGAAACAUAUCAACCAGAAGUCCUCGAGAAGAAAAUGUUUCGAAUAACGCCUCCAAGGGAAGAUUUAAAAUCUCCCUCGCAGGAUUCAUGCAAUAAGGAAAAUAUAAAUGAAUUAGAUUCAAAUCCAAAUGAAAUAUCGCGUACUACUAGCAUGAUGAUAAAUAGAUUCCGAGAAAUGGAAAAAACCAAAACGAAGGACACUUCUUACUGCCCAAAACCUUUAAAAUGCUUUACACCGCCACGAGAUUGUGAAAUGAAUACGACUCAAAAUCCAGAAUAUGAAGACGAUAGUGACGAUGACGAAAUAAACGAACAGGAUGACAAUUAUGAAGAACAUCCCCAUUUUAGACAUAUGGAGGAUGAAGACUUGAAAAAGGUAAUAUUAAUAUUUCAAAAAGUUCUUGUGUUAUAAAUU